CGAGGGAGAGGCCCCGGGACCGCUGCGGCUCCCAGUGCGUGAAGUGCAAGGACGGCUCCCCGGUGGUGGUCCUCCGCGCUGGAGACGCCUUCUGCAAGUAAGUGCGGUGGGGAGAACUUCUGGGUACUCCGGAACAAAGCCCCCCUACCCCGCCGUCCCCGUGCAGACUUUUUCCUUUUCCCGGCAGCUGCUUCCGUGCAGAUUUAUUCCUGAGCCCUUCUGCUCACCCCGGUCAGCUUCAUUCCCGGCCUGCCGAAACGCAGGCCGAGGGUCGUGAACGAACCUGGAUUUUUCUCCGCACUGUUGUACGUGUUUUGCAGGGCCUGCUUCAAGGAGUACUUCGUUCACAAGUUCCGUGCCAUGCUUGGGAAGAACCGCUGCAUUUAUCCUGGAGAGAAGGUUCUCCUGGCUUUCUCGGGUGGUCCUACCUCCAGCUCGAUGUUGCGGCAGGUGCAAGAGGGCCUGAACCGAGAAGCAGCAAAGAAGCUUCGCUUCAAACCAGGAAUAAUCUAUAUUGAUGAGGGAGCUGUGUGUGGACGGACCUUGGACGAGCGGGAGAAAACCUGCAGGCAGGUGGAGGCUAUCCUGCAAGCUUCAGGGUUUCCCUAUCAUCUGGUGUUCUUGGAGGAGGUGUUUGACCUUCCUGCUUCUGUCCUGAACUCGCUUUCCCACCGUCCUGCUGACCAGGCUCACAGCUACAAGGAAGCCGUGGCUGAUUUCACGAGGUGGCGGCAGCAGUGUGAGAAGAAGGAGGGUGCGGCAACUUCCCUCGAGGACCGGCUGGCAGAGUGUAGCCUGCAAGGCUGUGCAUGGAAAGAACGGCUGGCGGUUCUAGACACCAGCUCUUUUCCUGCUUCUCACACAGAACUGUCCCGCCUCUUCGGGGCUGUCAAAUCCUUGACUGCAAAAGAGGAGCUUCUGCAGACCCUCCGGACUCACCUGAUCCUACACGUGGCUCGGAGAAAUGGAUACAGCAAGGUGAUGGUGGGAGACAGCUGCACCCGUGUGAGUGUCAAGCUGUUGACCAACCUCUGCCUAGGACGGGGAGCCUUCCUGGCUAUGGACACGGGCUUCUCGGACAGCCGCCACGGCGACAUUCUGAUCCUGCGCCCGAUGCGGGAGUAUCCUGCCAAAGAAAUUAUUUUCUACAACUACCUCUUUGGGGUGCCCACCAUCUUCACACCUGGACUGGGCACCAAAGCUUCUGAUCGAGCCAGCAUCCACCUUCUGAUAGAGAGCUUCCUCUGCAAGUUGCAGUCUGAAUUUCCCUCCACUGUUAGCACAGUCUACCGGACAGGAGAAAAGCUCAGUGCAGCUCCUCGAGAAGUUGACUCGGGUGUGCCAACAGCACCGGCCCAGUGCCUCCUUUGCCUUUGCCCCCUGGACACCAAUGUUGAGGACGGAUCCUCCUUGCAGUCCAUGCUGCUAUCAGAGCAGCUCUGCCCGAGGCCGCCAGCUGAGAAUUGCUGUGAAACGGGCAGGACCCAGGCAGGCUGUUGCGGGAGACCUCCAGUGGUGGGAGACUCCUCCCAGCUUCUCCCGUUGCUCUGCUAUGGCUGCCGUCUAACAGUCAAGGAGCUGAGUUGCACGGAGUCUCUCCCACCAUACAUUCACGAGGAGGCUGAGCGCCAGCGAUGCAGGGCUGCGAUGAAGCAAGAAAUCCAGGAGUUCUUGCUCGAAGAUGAUGCUUAACUCGCAUCGGGUGGUUUACGGCCCAGAGGAGUACAAGCCAGGAGGAUUCAAAUCUUAAAACAUGAAAGGGAGCAGCCUUGCUCAUAGAAGCCUUAUGGAAGGUCUGAAGGAAAACAGAUUCCUUCUUGGCGGUCAC